UUUCAUCACAUCAUCCAUGCUCAAUACAGAUUAACCUUUCCACCAUUGUUUUGUUCAAAAAAACCUUUCCUCUCUUCUCAUUCAUGGCUGGAUCACCAUCCUCAUCAUCCAUCACGAAUGAUGGCUACGAAUACGAUGUUUUCCUCAGCUUUAGAGGCUUUGAAACACGUCGUGAUUUUACAGGAAAUAUUUGGAAUGCUUUGCAUAAUAGGGGGAUCCGCACCUUCAGGGACGACUUGGAGAUUUACAAAGGGAACAAUAUCGAAAAAUCACUUUACGAAGCUAUUGAAAAAUCAAAGGCGGCCAUAAUUGUUCUCUCUCCGAGUUAUGCAACUUCGUCCUUUUGUUUAGACGAACUUUGUCAUAUCCUUAAAUGCAUACAUGGAAGGGGACGAUUUGUUUGGCCAAUCUUUUAUGACGUUGACCCUUCAAUUGUGAGAUGGUCAGAAGAAGGAACGUAUGGAGAAGCAAUGGCUGAACAUAAAGCGAGCAAUUGGUAUAGCGAAGAUAAGUUGCAGGAAUGGAAGAAUGCUUUGAAUCAAUUGGCUAAUUUCUCUGGUACCGUUUACAAAUGGAAGACAGGCAUGGAUCUGAAUACAUGUUUAUUAAUAAGAUUGUUAGAGACGUCUCAAGAGUGAUCCAACCUUUUUCCUUAUCUAUUCCUGAUUACAUAGUUGGGUUGGAGGACCAAAUACAAGAUGUAUUACGGCUUUUGAAUGUUGGGUCUGUUGAUAAAGUCUAUAUGGUCGGAAUCCACGGAACUGGUGGAAUAGGGAAAACAACUCUUUCUCUUGCAGUUUAUAAUUCAAUUGUCGAUCAAUUUGAUGGUUCUUGUUAUCUUGAAGAUGUAAGAGGAAAUAAAGAGAAACAUGGGUUGAUACAUCUCCAAAAUAUCCUUCUUUCUAAAAUAUUUGGAGAAAAUAAAAUUGCGGUAACAAGCGUUAACGAGGGAAUUAAAGAACUUCGAGUUAGGCUCAAACAGAAGAAGGUUCUUUUGCUUCUUGACAAUGUUGACAAGUUGGAUCAAUUACGCGCUAUUGUUGGAGAACCCGAAUGGUUUGGUAAUGGAAGUAGAGUUAUCAUCACGACCCGUGACACACAAGUGCUAAAAAGUCAUGGGGUUGAAAAAACACAUGAAGUGAAACUGUUGUUGAGGGAUGAAGCUUACGAUUUUCUUAGAUGGAAAACUUUUGGAACUAACGAAGUUAGUCCAAGCUUUGAAGAUGUUUUCAAUCGUGCUUUAAACUAUACAAGUCGCCUUCCAUUAGCUAUUGAAAUAAUCGGUUCUCACUUAUUUUCAAAAAAAACAACAGAACAAUGGAUAUCUGCGCUAGAUCGGUACGAAAAGAUUCCUAAGCAAGAGAUCUUUGAGAUUCUUAAAGUGAGCUUCGAUGAUUUGGUCCAAGAAGAGAAAGAUGUUUUUCUUGACAUAGCUUGUUUUUUCAAAGGAGAACAAUUGGAAGAUGUCGAAAUAAUACUUCAUGCUCAUUAUGGUGACGAAAAGAAAGAUCACAUCAAUGUGUUAAUUGAAAAAUCUCUCAUAAAGAUAAGCCAGCCUAAUUUUUUGACAUUACAUGAUCUGAUAGAAGAUAUGGGAAAAGAAAUUGUCAGACUAGAAUCACCAGAUCAGCCUGGAGAACGCAGUAGAUUAUGGUCUGCUAAAGACAUAGCUGAAGUUUUAGAAGAAAAUACGGGAACAAGUAAAAUUGGAAUGAUGAUGUGUUCGGAUUCCGAUGAAGACAUUGUAGUAAAUUGGGAUGGAGAGGCAUUUAAGAAUAUGACAAAGCUUAGAACACUUUUUAUUCAAAGUGUUUAUUUUUCUGAAAGUCCAAAGCAUCUUCCAAAUAGUUUAAGAGUACUGCGCUUGUGGGAAUAUCCAUCAGAAGAGUGUUUACCGGUUGAUUUUUACCCGAGGCAACUCACAUUAUGCAAAUUGAACUUUACAUUUAAUCGUCCACAGGAAGUCUUUUUCAAGAAGGCAAGUGUGAUGAAUUUAUAUCCCCCGUCUUAUAUUUAUAUUAGAAAAUGCUAAACUGUACCCUAACCCCUAAGGGCACAAGAUAAGAAUCUUAACAAUGGUUCACUACAAGAAUAGUUACCUUUUGCCAGGGAUUUUGACAAGGGUUUGAAGCCCCUGGCAAAUUUGUCAGGGAAAAUGCCAAGGACAACCGCUGGCAAAAAACACUGGGGUUUGCCCCUCGUUUAUUUUAAAAAAUCCCUGGGUUUUUAUUGGCGCCAGAACUGAAUUUGAAAAAGGGAAGGAAUCAAUUGCAUGUCAGGAAAAAACCGAGGGAAAUUACCAAGGAAAGCCCCUCGGAUGUGCAAAAAGUGAGAGAAUCCCUGCUUUGUUCCUGCUGAGUUGACUGAAGCCUGCAAAAGUUGUGCAGUGCAGGCCUGCCAGGGGCUAAACCCCUCGGUUUUUGCAGGAAAUCCCUGGCUUUUUUAUGGCUGUUCUGCAACCUAGCUAUGCUAGGAUUUGACCAACAAAGCGAGGGGCUUGUCCCUCACAUAGGCCCUGGCUUUUUUCCAUCCCUAUAUAAGCCAUGCACCGGUCUCUUAGCAGCCUAAAAAACACUUAGAAAAAUUUCUUCUUUCUUCUCAUAAAACACAGCCCCUUCACACAACACAUUCA